UCACGCCCACAGCAGACACAGAUGAAACACAACGACAGGUUAGAGCAGAGCAUGCUUUCUGAGCAUAAGGAUGAUUUCCUUCUUGUUUUUUUAAUCAAAAAUAAUACUAGUCUGAAAUAGCAAGGUCUGAGUCACUGCGAGGCGAAUAGCUAAAUGUAGUGAGAUACGUUGUGUUUUUGGUAUUUUUGUGAAGACAAGCUUCUUUACAUUAUCAGGUAAAGUUUUGGUGUUUUUUUUAAAGUGCCACAUUUGAAACGUAAUUUUAUGAAAUUAGGACAAAACAAACAUUUCUCUAUUGGAUCAUCACAUCAGGUUUCAGUGACAGUAAAGGCACCUCGGGAUGUGUUCCACGACUCUCCUUCUCACAGCGUUGUGCGUUUUUACGCACUGGGGCACUUUUACGCACGGGUGCCAGCUACCCUCCGAGUGGCGGCCGCUGAGCGAGGGUUGCCGAGCCGAGCUGGCGGAGAUUAUUGUGUACGCUCGGGUUCUGGCGAUACACCGGGAGCCUCUGAGUGGAGGGGCGGGAAGCCUGUACAACUCGCUGUCCGGGUUUGGGUAUGGAUACGAGGGCGCAGAAGAAGGGCUGCUGUACUCGGCUGAGGUGGAGCUGCUGUGCGACCAGGCUUGGGGCAGCAUGCUGGAGGUUCCAACCGGAUCAAGACUCAACCUGACAGGUCUUGGGUACCUGUCCUGCCAGUCCUACACGGUGAUGGAGAACUACUCCUACUUCUUCUUCCUCAGGAUGGACGAGAACUACAACAUCCUCCCACACGGCAUCAACUUCCAGGACGCCAUCUUCCCUGACACGGCCGAGCACAGGAGCAUGUUCUCCAACCUCUUCCAGUACUCCAACUGCACCCAAGGGAGCCAGCCGUUCCACACCUUCAGCCCCGAGUGGGAACCUCAGGAGGACAGCAGGCUGCUGUGUUCCUCGGUGCAGGCGGCGCUGUUUGAGGAGGAGGAGCAACGGCGCAGGAUGCAGGAGCGCCUGGCCACCGUGGAGCGGAGGAACCGUCAGCUGAAGGAGCGCGUUCGCAAGGUAAAGCGCUCCCUGAGGAACAGCCGCAAGGCCGCGCGCAAGGCCGAGGAGGAGCUGCGGGAGCUGCAGGUGAAGCUGAAGGCUGUCGAGAGGAGCGAGGGGCAUCAUCUCAACGCCAUCACACAGGAGGAGCCUUCCCCAGGGCGUUACGCAAGCACAGCAACACGCCAGCGACUGCAACUUUAACUAAAUCCUGACCUGCCCUGACCUGCAGCCAGUCUGGACUGAAAACUGGCUGUUGAGAGUGAGAGGCUGCUGGGCAGUCUCCACAAAGGGGACAAACAAACAGCACGUGUCAUAUAGUAUCAAAGUAAACACGCCUUUAAAGUAUUACUCUCCACAGUUAUGUUGUAAAGUAACGUGUUUUGUAUAGCUCUGACUGCAUGAACACAACACUGACGACGAUUCCUGUUCAUCUGACAAAACAGAGCAAGGUGAUUUUCCAUAAAGAUGAUGCAAAGUGUUUUACAGACAGGCAUUCACACCUACAGUCAACGUAGAGUCUCCAGCUACAUCCAUACUUCUGUUUUCAUUUAAAAAACAAUCCACGUGAGCAUUUUAGCUCCAUUUUCGCGAGUUAUCCGGUCAAACGAAAAGUCAGAAAAUCUCGGCCUCAGAUACAAGUGCACAAACUUUAGAGAGGAUGUAAUCCAUAGCCUUUUAAGUACAAUAUCUAUCUAUUAUUUUCACUACCUUUAGUUAUAAAAUUUCCUACGUGUGAGACGGUUCGUUGGCGAUGACGUGUAAUUCAAGCUCGAACAUGAAUGUUUUUGUACAAAUGUUUUAGUUUUGGUUUUUUUUGCUUAUAAAAUUUUAAGAUGGAUGAACAA